AUUGUUGUCAAGUGAUAAAAACGAUUUCGUGGUGGCCUAGUGGGUAAAGCGCCAGCCUCUCAAGUACGAGUGUGUUGGUUCGAUUCAAGCUCCUGCCAGCCGUCUUGCGCAAGUCAUCACUCCACCGUGCCUGAGGACGUCCUACACUACGUUUGCCGAGGCGUGGUCUACACUCUAGAACUCGUUUACCCCAACGGUUAUCGGUUCUUCGGCUAAUAUGGCCAGCCCACUGCCACUUCAGCUAUGUUCAUUUAUUUUUGGGAAGACGUAGCAACCUACAUAGAAUGGCUGAAUAGCGCAAGCGGCGCCUCGUUGCACAACUACCACAUAGUGGGACACAGCCUCGGCGGCCAUCAGGCUGGCAUCAUCGGCAGAAACCUUGGCGGACAGAUUGCUUAUAUCACUUCCCUAGACCCCGCAUUACCUGGCUGGAUCUCCAACCCUCACGGCUUCCAGUCUUCAGACGGAGUCUACACCGAGGUUAUGCACACAAAUGCCGGUGUGUCAGGCAAGCUGGCGCCUGCAGGAGAUGUGGACUUUUAUCCUAAUGGGGGGGUCAAUAUGCCUGGCUGCGGGAAUAAUGAUUGCAGUCAUCAUCGAGCCGUCUAUUACAUGGCGGAAUCUCUCACUAGCGGCGGUUUCACCGGUCACCGCUGUGCUGACCUCGCGUCAGCUCUCGCCGGCAACUGUAGCGGUGAUACACUCAACAUGGGCGGGGGUAGAGCUAAGACUGGAUCAACUGGAAUUUAUUUCUUAAGGACGAACGCUGGACCACCAUUCUCUCAGUAUUAAAAUAGAAUUUUAAAACUAA